CUGAAAACCAAUUGGUCUCAGAUUUUUUUCUAAUCGGAAUGGGAACAUUCUCAUGCUUUUCACAAAAGCGUAGAAGCGACGAAAUGUUUUAAUUGGUGGUUUCCUAAAAACGUAAAGUUGUCUUCCGUGGACAAAGAUGGGGAAAGUAGUAAGAAGGAAGAAAUCCCAAUUUUUAAACACAACAAUUAAGAGAGGAGAAGAGAUGAUUUGAUAACUAUAAAAAUAGGGUUCAAAUUUAUAGAUUAGAUCUCAGAAUCAGACAGCUUCCUCAUUCUAAUCAAUUUGUUUUUUUUUUUUUUUUUUGGUUCUAACCAAUUCGCUGAGCUCGCCAUGAAAUCGACGAUGCACCACCACAGAGCUCCACUGAUUUCUGCUUCUUCAUCUUCUUCCUCUUCUUCCCCAAGCCACUCUUUUAUCUCCAGGCUUCUUCUUCUGUUGACUUUACUUCCGGUCUCCCUUGCCUGUCUCGCCUUCAUCCUCCAAUGGCGAGGCGGAGGGCUUGCCGAUCCUGCCUCUGCUUCUGUUGGUUCCUCUACGGCGGUUCCUGGCGGCUCCGAUCUCAACCACGAGGUGUUUCCCGGCAUGGAGACUGUUUCCUCCGUCUCCCCGAAAGCUCACCAGUCCUCCUCCGACUGCUCAAAUCUAGCUCGAAGCUCUUCCCCUUCCUUUCCUUACUAUGGUGAUUGGAAGUUCGGUGUUGAUACUAGUCUAAAGCCCAAGAUAUGUAUCACGACUAGCACAUCAGCGGGAUUGGAUCAGAUUCUACCAUGGAUGUUCUACCAUAAGGUCCUAGGCGUCUCCACGUUUUUCCUAUUCGUAGAAGGGAAAGCUGCUACUCCAAGUAUUUCAAAAGUGCUCGAGUCUAUUCCUGGGGUUAAGGUAAUAUACAGGACAAAAGAGCUGGAGGAGAAGCAGGCAAAGAGCCGGAUUUGGAAUGAGACGUGGCUAUCUUCUUUCUUUUAUAAGCCCUGCAAUUAUGAGUUAUUUGUCAAACAAUCUCUCAACAUGGAAAUGGCUAUCGUCAUGGCAAGGGAUGCGAGCAUGGAUUGGAUACUUCAUCUUGACACAGAUGAGUUAAUAUACCCAGCAGGUGCUCGUGAGUACUCAUUGAGACGGUUGCUUCUUGAUGUUCCUCCAAAUGUGGAUAUGGUUAUAUUUCCAAAUUAUGAAAGCAGCGUAGAGCGAGAUGAUAUCAAGGAUCCUUUUACAGAGGUUUCAAUGUUCAAGAAGAAUUACGAUCAUCUGCCAAAAGAGACAUAUUUCGGAAUGUACAAAGAAGCAACACGAAACAAUCCAAAUUACUUCUUGACUUAUGGUAACGGCAAAUCAGUUGCUCGGGUUCAAGAUCACCUCCGACCAAAUGGAGCACACAGAUGGCAUAAUUACAUGAAAACUCCCAAGUACCGUGAACACGUUGUGUGGGGAGACAAAGAGGUGAAGAUGAAACUCCUUAGAAAGGGCAUUCUGACUCGCAUUUAUUCGCCAAUGGUUGUUAUACAAGCAUUGAAAGAGUCUGGUGUUUUCAGCUCGGUUGUCUCAUCAGCUUCAACAAAUCUUUCAAAGAAAAAGUUCUUAGCAUCAAUGCACAAAAGCAACUCAUCGAGAUCUACAGCAUCUGGAUCCCUUCCAUCAAAGGAAAGCGAGUCUCAGGGUAUCUCUGCAAGGCACCUUCUUGGGAUUGAAUCAGCCGUCCCUCCUUUAUCGCCUCCUGGGAUGGAACACGCUAGACUUGUCACAGAGGAUUAGCAGGUUUUUAGCAUCGAGCUGAUGUCUUUGCUUCCUCCUACUUACAGAGUGAUAUUAAAACUCGAUGCAAUGCUAGUACCUGUGUGGCUAGCUUUAGGAGCGCAAGUGAAGAGAGCGGGUGAUCAAAUACGGAGAGAGAGAGAGCGAGAGAGACAUUCGUUUAAAGAUGAUCAGGAAAAGCGGGUUUGUAUGAUUUUAUUUUUGUAAUAUUCUUCCAAAUUUGGAGUUGAUUUAUAUAAUGUGGAAAUAUAUAUAUGUUUACUUUGACUUUUGAAAGUCUUCGUUUCAGUUUUAGUGAAAAUAGUGAACGAGUGACUCAAAAUCAUACGAUAAAAUGCGAAACUGCAAUUGUAAAUCUGGAUGAGUUGGCAACUUGGCAUAUGUCUAAAUAUACAGCAAUUCGUUCAAAUGCAUGGUUGAUCCAAGACUUUAGUGGAAUAGUGGGAACCACAAAAUAAACGGUGAGGAAUAUUAUUUUCUGAUUAUGUAAUUAUUGUAGCAUUAUAUUUUGGUUCAUUGGACAACAUGUAUACUUUGUAUAAUAAUUUGCUAAUGUUAAA